AUUCUCUUCAUACCCACGACGCCCCGACAUUUGCGGCCCCAUUAUGACCAACAAAAGAUACUUGCGGGACUGAAAUACGAUGGGAAAAGGAACGGAUAAACUCUACAUUACCCACUCGGAGUGGUCCUCCAGCGAUGCCUACUCGGCCUCGGCAGGUUCCGGUGUACGCAAUAGCGACAAGAGUCGAUACGCAUCAUUCAAACGACUGCCCUACAAUUUCUGCGCCUUGAGCCUUCAACCCUUUACCACCCCAGUCUGUACGGCGACAGGAGUCAUCUUUGACCAUGAAAACAUCAUCCGAUGGCUAUUGAAGCACGACACAAACCCUACAGACGGAAAGCCAUUGAAACAGACUGAUCUCAUCAAAUUGAAUUUCGCGAAGAAUGACAGCGACGAAUAUGUCGACCCUGUCACAUACAAGGUGUUUACAGACAACACCCACAUUGUCGCAAUCCGUCAUGGCGACUCGGCCAACGUGUUUGCGUACGACACCAUCGAGAGAUUGAAUAUCAAACCCAAGGUGUGGCGGGACCUGGUAACCGAUGACGAGUUUUCUCGAAAGGAUAUCAUCACAUUGCAAGACCCGCAGAACAUCGAGGCGAGGAAUCUAAGCUCAUUUAAAUAUUUGAAAGAUGGAGAGGACUCUGGUAUACCAAAGGAAGAAGCAACUAUCAACACGGCAUCCCUGGGCAGCGCAGCAGAUCUUAAGAUUAUGAAAGCCAAAGAAGCCGUAGCCAAAGCCCGAGCUGAGAGAGCGAACAACACCAACAACAGCCAAUCUUCGAAUUCCAAAUCAUCCACAGCUGUCAGCAAGAACGCUGCUUCAUCAACCCAAACAAGAACCACCAAAGCCGUGCCUUACAAUGCGACUGGACACACUACAGGUCAGGCGGCGGCCUCAUUCACCUCGACUGGACUCACACCCAACACUUCAGGAUCGUUGGCAUUGAUGACGGAUGAAGAAUAUCUUCUCCGACGAGGGAGGGUCAAGGGGAAAGGCUACAUCCGACUGGAGACGAGUUGCGGCCCUCUCAACAUCGAACUCUACCCGGAGUACGCGCCAAAAGCGGUAUGGAAUAUGACGCGGUUGAUCCAAAAGGGCUACUACGAUGGGAUCAUCUUCCACCGCAAUAUCCGCAACUUCAUGCUCCAAGGCGGCGACCCAACAGGCACGGGAAGAGGGGGAACGAGCAUCUGGGGAAAGAAUUUCGCGGACGAAAUCGAGGGGCCGAGGAUCCACGACCGACGCGGAGUGGUAAGCAUGGCCAACAAGGGUAAAAACACAAACUCGUCACAAUUCUUCAUCACAUAUCGACCUGCGCCACAUCUGGACCGGAAACAUACCGUGUUUGGACAGGUUGAUAUGGAUGACAGCGAGUCAGUGCGGGUGCUCAAGCUAUUGGAGCAGACUGAGACAGAUAAAGACGACCGGCCCAAGCAGGAGAUUAAAAUUAUACAGGCAAAAGUCUUUAUCGAUCCAUUUGACGAGUUUUGGAAGUCCAAGAAUCAACAAGAUCAGAGAGAAAAGGAAAAAGAAGAACAGAGAAGGUUGGACAAGACCACGUGGACGGGCAAAAGAAUUAGAGAUGGCGGGCCCUCCGUUGGUGAUGCUAACGGUGCCAGUGGAGGAGUGGGUAAAUAUCUCAAUCUCCCAACAGCAUCAGGUUCGAGACGACCACAGGAUGACGAGGACGAAAUCGUCGAAUUUAUCGACGAGCCAGAAGAGCCCGUGCGGAAGAAGAACAAAGGUGCAAGCGGUGGAGGGUUUGGCAAUUUCGACGGUUGGUAAAAUAUUGAUUCAGAUUCUCUUGCAAAGGUCAUCUCAAUGCACAUUGUAUACGAGACGCAGCGACGAUCUCGGUACGGCACUACCAUUCGACCUAUAUCCAGGAGAGUCUAUCUCGGUCUACUAGGCCCGAUCGAACUCUCCGGAGUGUGAAUGGCCGAUUGUUCGAAUCAUGAUAUCUCCCAUACACAAAAACCCACCGACCUAGACGGGAGAUCAACGAAAGCCAAAGCACUGCAGACCGAACCAGCGACAAAAGUGCAAUUUCCCCUGUCGCCCGUCGCCAUCAUCCCAGACCGCAAACCGUCCAUCCAUCCAUCCAUCCAUGACUCCCAACAAACCAGUUCAGUUCGAUUCAUUCCAACAGAUUCAAUUCCGUGGUAUAGGAUCGAAGCCCACCUCCUUCAUCCGAACAAUCCACUUCUCCUUCAACUUAGCAUGAGCUUCCGCAUGACUCUUGUCGAUUGUGGAACGAAUAUACCAACUCAGGAGAAGAUUACACCUGACAACAUUCUUCUCAAUGAUAUUAAUAACCCUCCCACCGUCACCAACCUUGAUUUCCCACCUCCCAAAAAUAACCACCCCACUACCAGCAUUGGUAAACGUCUCCAUUCCAAACCUCGUCUGUCGAAUUGCCGCAUGAUAGACCAAAUUCUGCGACAUGCCGAACCCAAUAUUCAGCUUAUCGACAAUUUCAAACUGCCGAAAUCCGUUGGUGGAGAUCGUGUUGGCUUUUGGAUCUAAAUCGUCUUGUGUGAGCAUCACAUAUGGCGCGUCGAGUGCGAUAUCGAAAGUCGGUGCUAUUUCCCGAUAAUCGACGCAUUUUGGAUCGGAUUCGGGGAUUUGGUUCACGCUUUGUACUAGUGGGUUGAGGUUGAUCAUGGUUGUGGGACUGUGGAUUGAAGCGAAGAUGGCGGCGAGACCUUGUUCGAGGAUGGUGGCGGGAUCUUGUCCUUCUUGUGCGGGUGGGAGGACGAGGUCGGUGAUGUACCCGGAUCGGAUACUGGUUUGGAGGAAGGCCAUUUUAUUUUUUUUUGGCGGUGUGAUUAGUCAGAUGGGGCUGGAGGGGGAUUUGAUAGAGAGAAGGAGAGGUCUAUGAAGACGUGGUGAAGUCGUAAGAAAGCCGUUCAGAAUAAUGUCGUACAAGAUAGGGAUACUUCGAGUGAGGGUGUGGUUGGUUGGUUACAC